UAGCUGCCAGCCCUGGCCCAUCAUGUAGCUGCAGCACAGCCUUCCCUAACGUUGCAACUGGGGGAAAAAUCACUUUCCAGUCUGUUUUGCAAGGUGUGCAUUUCCAUCUGGAUUCCCUGAAAGUCCAUCUGCUGCCUCGGUCAAGAGAAACUCCACUUGCAUGAAGAUUGCACGCCUGCAGCUUGCAUCUUUGUUGCAAAACUAGCUACAGAAGAGAAGCAAGGCAAAGUCUUUUGUGCUCCCCUCCCCCAUCAAAGGAAAGGGGAAAAUGUCUCAGUCGAAAGGCAAGAAGAGAAACCCUGGCCUUAAAAUCCCAAAAGAAGCAUUUGAACAACCUCAGACCAGUUCCACGCCACCUCGAGAUUUAGACUCCAAAGCUUGCAUUUCUAUUGGAAAUCAGAACUUUGAGGUGAAGGCGGAUGACCUGGAGCCUAUAGUGGAGCUGGGCCGGGGGGCGUACGGGGUGGUGGAGAAGAUGCGGCAUGUGCCCAGCGGGCAGAUCAUGGCGGUGAAGCGGAUCCGGGCCACAGUAAAUAGCCAGGAGCAGAAAAGGUUACUGAUGGAUUUGGAUAUUUCCAUGAGGACCGUGGACUGUCCUUUUACGGUCACCUUUUAUGGCGCACUCUUCCGUGAGGGGGAUGUCUGGAUCUGCAUGGAGCUCAUGGACACGUCCCUAGAUAAAUUCUACAAACAAGUGAUCGAUAAAGGCCAAACGAUUCCAGAGGACAUCUUAGGGAAAAUAGCAGUUUCUAUUGUAAAAGCAUUAGAACAUUUGCACAGUAAGCUCUCUGUCAUUCAUCGAGAUGUCAAGCCUUCCAAUGUGCUCAUCAACACCCUGGGCCAGGUGAAGAUGUGCGAUUUUGGAAUCAGUGGCUACCUUGUUGACUCCGUCGCUAAAACUAUCGAUGCAGGAUGCAAACCGUACAUGGCCCCCGAGAGAAUAAACCCAGAGCUCAACCAGAAGGGAUACAGCGUGAAGUCCGACAUUUGGAGUCUGGGCAUCACCAUGAUCGAGCUGGCCAUCCUUCGGUUUCCCUAUGAUUCGUGGGGAACUCCUUUUCAGCAGCUCAAACAGGUGGUGGAGGAGCCGUCGCCACAACUCCCCGCAGACAAGUUCUCCGAAGAGUUUGCUGACUUUACCUCACAGUGCUUGAAGAAGAAUUCCAAAGAGAGGCCAACAUAUCCAGAGCUUAUGCAACAUCCAUUUUUCACCCUACACGAAUCCAAAGCGACAGAUGUGGCAUCUUUUGUAAAAUCGAUUCUUGGAGACUAAAAACAACGGACUCCAUCAGUUGACCCUCCUGUGGACUGGGAAAUAAAACCUGAAUUCCUGAGCCUUCAAAGUGAAACUAUCCUUCUGGGGGAAGCAUAUUGCCACCAAAUACAUCACUCACCACCUGUUCCUGGUUUCUGCAAAGAAGAUGUGUCAUUUUUCUGAGGUUUAGAGAGUCUGUGUUUACAGCUCUACAAAUAUCAUUCUACCAUUGCAGGUUUUCUAAUGGAGCCAUUUGGAAUCAAGACUUCACCUGGGGUUUAUUCUUUUCAGUUCCUGACCCAAACUCCUAUUGCAAGCGACAUUUCUCUAAAAGCCUUUUUUGUAUCUGAGGGAAGAGAACUGAGGGAAGAGAACUGGGCCUCAGAAAAAACAUAAAGCAAGGUCAAGGACUUUGUGAUAGGGAUUCUUUUCUUUAAAAAGAAGCCGAUAGCACCUCAUAACACAAACAUGUGUUAACAGAAUUUAAAAAUAUCCAGCCUUGUUCCCUUGGACUGUCAGUAUCUUGACAUCACUUUUGUCAUUUGAACUAGGAUAUCAAGCCCUUCAUUCUUGGGAGUUUACAGUUAGAUUUUGGGAGAUUUGCAUUGUAUUUCUUUCUUACAGUUGUCAGUAUGGACAUAUGUCUCUGUGGACACUUAAUCCUGACACACGUGAGUUUUGCCCAGGUUACACUUUUGCAUUGCUGGGUUUCAAGGUCUCUUUCGAGGAAUGAGGCUAAUGCUCUUAUGACUUGGAGACUGAGUUCAGGGAAAGCACGGGGCAGUGUAGGCACUUACUUGUGUCUUAAUAUAGGAAAAAACAAAACAAAACAGAACUUCCUAAGUAAACCCCAGGGUUUGUGGCUUUGGCCAGGCCAUCAGGGUCUUUUCUGUUUUUCUUGAGUACAUUUGCUUGCUAUUCCUCUGCCGGUUACAGAUGAACUGGGUUGACUUAACACUUCUGUGGAAAGGAAGUGAUCCAACCAUUUUCAUAUAUCAAAAGUCAGAAUCAGCAGUUUUGCAUUGGUCUUGCCUACGUGGACUCUAUUGUUCUCAGAUCGUGAAAUGGUGAGGGACAGCUAAGAGAACUUGUAGCAAAGCUCUCAUUCACAAUAUUAAGAUCUUAUAAUAAAACUUCCAUUUGGCCUUUAAAGAAGAGCAGCUGGGUUGGCUACGUCUUCCUCCAAAGUCACAUUCUACUGUGGCCAGGAAUGAACAAUUAGCAUCAUUUGGUCACUACCAGUGUUUGUGUUGGAGCCUGCAAGCUAUUUCAAUAGAGCAAGUCAAGCCACUGCCCUAGGGGAUUGUCAUCGGACUUUGUAGUUUCAGGCUGAACAGUGAUGUGAAAUUGUGCUUGGGGCCUCAAAGAAAAGAUAAAUGCAAAGGGCUGGCACCCCAUGGAAGAGCAAGCUGAUAAGAGAAGCAGACAGAUAUAUCCCUUAAUUUAUUUUCAGUAAUACUAUAAAGAUGAUCUCCUAUGGGAAAAUCUAUCAAAAAGCCAAGCCUUUAUUAUUAUUUUUUUUCUUCAAAAUAUUGAACUAUAAGAGGAUUCAGAAAGUGGCAUAGAUUUGGAUAUCAGAGAAUUUUCUCUUGUUUCCCUAGUGUUACUGAUUCUACAGAGACCAUUUAAACUGAUGGCGCCCAGAAAAGAAGGUACAUGAUUAGAGGGGUGAUAAAGCAUUUUGAGAGUAUGCAACCCAUCUAUCGGCUGCCUUCUGGGUAAAGAAAAAUGAACACAAAACCGAGCCUCCUAACGUUUAGUUCCGGAGGCAAACAUUUUUAAGAAAGGUGGACACCAAAGGUUAUCUGAUGAGCAUACUUUUUUCACAAUGCAGAGAACUGUGAAUGUUCAUAGAAAUACACUACAGGUCUUCACCAGAAGAGCUAGAAUUUAUAAUUAAAAAAAAAAAAAGCUAGUUUGAAUUUUCAGAAGCAGUGUCGAAGAAGUGGUUGUU